AUUGUAUGGGCUUGGAUGGACUUGCAGGAAUGUACAGGAUUUCUUAGAAGACAUGGAGAGCUCAAUUGAGAAGGAAUUAAUCAUUUGCUCUUAAGAAACAAUUGGAUAAUGACUUUGUUACGUUUGGCACAAUAAAAAAAGGCCAUGCGCAAUUAAUCGGACUAAUACAAGACUUAACGGUAUAUUCUUCGAAAUGGUGCAGUUAUUUUACUACGAGAAUCGAGGAAAAUGUUGCAAAAAGUUUUUGAACCAUGAAGGUGUUCCGACAAAGGUUCAUUUGUUCCCAUACGAAGGUUGGGCACAACCAGCAAUGACGUCAUAUUGGCUGCUGAAAACAUAUUGGUGGAGUAGGUCACGUGUUAAAAUCACAGAAGUCACUGGGUCCCAAACGCAUGAAGUAAAGGGCAAAAUUCGGUGCAUCAAAAAUGGUUCUAUUGUCAUUUCCGGUAAAAUAAAAGACAAAACAAACAGCGAUUACAGAAUGUAUCUCACAUCGAAUGUUGAUAGUGCUGAUUUCCAGCUUGGCUAUUGUGUGACAGGAACACUAGAAAGGGGACGGAAGAAGUCGGAAAAGGGACUAAGUCUGACGCAUUAUGCCAUGAUUAAACGAAGAGGGUACUAAUAUGAUAAUUUCAAUAGUGUAGGAUCGUGUCGGACUUUGCUUUAAUUUUUAAUGGUAUUUUUGUUAAAAUUGAAUGUUAAAUACCAUAUUUGUUUAAAUUGAUCGUUAAACGGCACAUAAAUAUUUCUGUUAAACACAUAUUAUUAUGUUAAUUGUUGUUGUUAAAUGUUUUCAAUAUUUAUUUCGAUAUUGUAUGUUGAAUUAAUGCCAUACAUUGAGAUUGCUUUCGCUUUUCUUCGAUUGUUGUUGGUUUUGCAUAUGCUUGUUUGGCAAUUUAUUGAAUGCCAUAAAGGGCUGAACAUUUGUUGAUUUAAAAAUUGCUGUUCUUACAUUGUUUUGUUUUGCGUUUACGGUUUGUUUUGUUGGUUCAUGUUAUGUUUAUAAUUGUUUUAAUUUGCUGAAAAGCGGCAAAUAUGCGUUUAUAACCAAAGCAAUGAAAAUCAGACUAGAAACAACUUUACUUGUUAUUGCCAACUGAGGUUUAUUUUUGAAGUCAAUGAUCUUUAUUGCACUUCGAAUAUAUUCUUGAAAAAUGUUAAUUUGUAUCUAAACAAACUGUUCAU